AUGUCGCGGCCCGGCGGUCUAGACCGCUGCAUCGAGCGACAAAUCGAACAUGAGGUUUCCCUGCUCUCACCAGCACCCUAUUGUCCUCGGAUCGACUCGCCCUCCUUCAGAGCUGCCCUCGUCACCUUGACCCGCUACCUAUCUGAGACUCAUGCUCACACAAAGCACGAGAAAGCGCUCACCAUGUCCCAGGGAACGGGCAUCACGAUGGGAUUCCAACGCAACUCUGACCCAGCAUCUUUCUAUCGAUGGCCUCUGGAAUUUGGUUGUUUUUUAGUCCAGCUAUCAGCAUGCCAAUUCCCCGCGUUGUGCGCUUGCCUUCCCUGGCCGUUCUCUAUUCUUCAAAGUUCAAGCACCUCUCCCCACCUCUCCGCUCUCCUCGUUCCUCGUUCCAUCGCUUCCGAUCCGCGUGUCCCCACCCUCUACCCUUCUUUGAUGAAGUCCUACUUCACGUUAGUGCCGUCCUCACAAGCAGUACCGACGAAGCGACCUGGACGCCGCUCGCUCAUCUUGUCCAGCUGUCGUUCGACGACCUUGUUUCGAGGCGCUGUCGAUCCCAGUGGUCCCUCUCUGCAUUGCUUAGUACUCCACUCCCGACCCACUGCCACGCGUAUCCACGUCUCUCUCCAGGACCUAAGCCCCAUCGCCUUGGUUCAUCGGCCCAAGCUGUCCUUAGACUCCUUCGCCUCGAUUCCAGCCUUUUCUCAAUUCCCAGUCUCAGAACGGGACCCGGACACUAGGGAAGCAGAAAAGCAGAAGCCUUCUCCGAAACGCGCCUCGGGUCCAGACAUCAAAGCAUUCAGGGUUCCCCGGCGUUUUGGAUAUGGGCUACUGUGUUUCCUUCCCUACUUCGACCCUGAGACCCCGUUCUGA